UAGGAAAGACACGCGCCCGAGUCUCGCCCUUGAGGUCAUACGAGAAUCGUGGGAAUCCCGGCACUUGGGGCGUCGCCCCACGAACAGCGGGCCUUCCGGGGUUGCCCCCGCUGCCAACCGUAAUCAAGUUUUUUAUGUUAAGAUGGCCUCUAUCAGUGAUCUGGAAGAGGCCAGCUCUCGAACCGCUUUGCUGCUCCCAGACCUACCCAGUGGACCACUCUCUGCCUACCGGAAAAUAGCCUCCUUCAAUUGGAAGGAGAUGGCACUAUUCAUAGAAGAGGAAGAACUCAUCCAUUUUAAGAACAGAAUAUUCUCAGCUCUUGAAAAUGAUCCUCUCUUUGCUCGUCUCGCUGGAGAAGAAUUAUCGCUUGAGAAAUAUCGUGAGCUAACUUUCCUUCGCUGUAAGAGACUCUUCGAAUAUGAUUUUCUAAGACUAGAAGAGAUCAUGGAGAAACCAUUAAAAGUAGUGGUGCUGAUUACUUGCCUGGGGAUGUACGAUUGGUCUCUUGGAGCCAAAUAUUUGCUAAAUUCCCAGGUGUUCAAGAGUGCAAUUGAGAGUUCAGGCUCUGAAAGACAUGGUGAAUUUAUUAAACAAAAUGAAAAUAUGGAGAAUUUUGGAUGUUUUGCUCUGACUGAAGUAAGCCAUGGGAGCAAUACAAAGAAUAUACGGACUACUGCUAAAUAUGACCCAACUACACAGGAAUUCAUUAUUCACUCACCUGAUUUCGAAGCCGCCAAGUUCUGGGUUGGAAACAUGGGGAAGAAUGCCACACACGCAGUGGUCUAUGCUCAGUUGUACACUCCAGAUGGCCAGUGCCACGGGUUGCAUUCCUUCGUUGUACAGAUUCGAGAUACAACAACACUUCUUCCCAUGCCAGGAGUGAUGGUUGGUGAUAUAGGUAGGAAACUUGGACAAAACGGCUUAGAUAAUGGGUUUGCCAUGUUUCACAAUGUCAGGAUACCAAAAGAGAACUUGCUGAACCGAACAGGAGAUGUCACAGCUGAGGGCACAUAUACAAGUGCAUUCAAGGAUCGCAAGCAGCGUUUAGGAGCUUCCCUUGGUGCUUUGUCCAAUGGAAGAGUUAUGAUUAUAGCCAUGUCUGUGGUCAAUUUAAAGCUUGCCAUAGCAAUAGCAAUUCGCUUCUCAGCUACCCGACACCAAUUUGGACCAACAGAAGACGAAGAAAUACCAGUUCUCGAAUACCAAAUGCAGCAAUGGCGCCUGCUUCCUUACUUAGCAGCCACCUAUGUCCUAGACCAUUUCUCCAGAACACUGUUCAUUAAUUCCAUCGAAUUCCACAUAGGUCUCCUAAUGAAAGACAAGAGUCCACAGCAGGUUGAACUUGGGCGUGAGAUUCAUGCUUUAUCUACUUCAGGCAAACCACUGUCCUCCUGGCUUGCGCAACAAGGGACUCAAGAAUGCCGAGAAGCCUGUGGGGGGCAUGGCUACCUGGCCAUGAAUCGUCUGGGCGAUAUCCGUAAUGACAACGACCCAAACUGCACCUAUGAAGGAGACAAUAAUGUUCUGCUACAACAAACCAGCAACUACUUACUGAGCUGGAUCAAUGCCAAACACCAAGACAAAGGUCCUAUUAUAUCACCACUGGGCUCAGUAGAUUUUUUGGAAGACUAUGAUCAUAUUCUUUGUCAGAAAUUCACAGUAUCAGAUGUUCAAGACUGCAUGGAUUCUUCAGUAUCUUUAAGAGCAUACAAGUGGCUAGUUUGUUACUUGCUUCAAAAGAGUAUCCAAAAGCUGAGAAACCUGGAGAAAUGUGGUUUUACUGAAUUUGAGGCAAAGAACUCGAGCCAGGUGUACUACUGUCGUUCUUUAGCAAUAGCUUUUAUUGAACACACUGUUUUGCAAAGAUAUCAUGAAUAUGUUCACAGUUCCAACACACCAGCUAGCCUUCAACCAGUACUGACACGUAUCUGUUCACUGUAUGGAUUGUGGUCUUUAAAUAAGCACAUGGCGGUGCUCUAUCAAGGUGGCUAUAUUUCAGGUGAAAAUGCUGGUGGAUUCAUACAAGAUGCAGUUUUAGAACUUUGUUCAAAGCUGAAGCAAGAGGCUGUGGUUUUGGUGGAUGUUAUUGCUCCUCCUGAUUUUAUUCUCAACUCGCCAAUUGGCAGGGCUGAUGGAGAGCUUUAUAAAAACCUGUGGAGCACUGUUCUUCAAGGCAAGAAGGUGUUGGAGAGGCCAUCCUGGUGGCAAGAAUUUUGUUAUAAUAAACCUGUUGUAGGGAAGCUGAGGUCAAGAAUGUAAGUGGAACAGUGUAUUGGCAUGGCCCAGGAAAGGCCUUGAUGAUGACCCCUAAUCUAAUUAAUUGAAGGAUCAUGUUAAAUUAAGAUAAAUUUUGCAAAGGAAAUGCUGAGAGGCACAAGGUUUUGAAAACACAUUUCCAGGGCUGUUAUUGCACAAUUAAGGACACUUGUGUGUCAUUUAGUCAAGACUUCAGGAAAUGAAGUCUUAGAAAAAUUGGAUGUUCCUCAAAGCUUGAAUAUACUUUGUCAGUUAUGGUAGCAAAGGUCUGAAAUCCAGUUUCUUUUUAACAAUGACUCAUUAACUCCUAGUAUGAAAAUAGUUAUAACAAACAAAGAAAAUUAUGUCCAGCUGAAGUCAACUAGAUUCUCUGUUGAUGUCAAUUUAAAUAGUUCCAUUUGAGUCACUGAAGAUUCCCAUUCAAAGCACUGUGCAAAUGGAUUUAGCCCUCAGAGUUCACAAAAAAUACACUACUCAUUCAAUAGAGAUCAAAAGAGAAGUUUCUGUCUUUCAUUCAUUGUUAUGUUUUAUGCAUCCCUGAGGCAAAUGUCAUUAUAGUCUCUUGUUUAAUUUAUGCUUCAAUUGACGUUAAGAGAUUUUUAAAAUCCAUAUAUAUCUCCUCUCCAGUAUUCUUCCUGCACUUUUAAAUUUUACUUAUGAGCAAGUGCCUAAAGCAACUGCUUUCAGAAUAGUUUGAUCCCUGUUUAAUAUCUGUUAAAUGUAAACAUAAUAUCUGUUAAACCAAGUUCUUACAUCUGCUAGAUAGUUUUGGAUAAUGCUGACAAUCCUGACAUGAUGGAAUAAAUAUUGAUACUGGUGAAUAAAACCUGUUUAAAUACGAUUUUUAAAUCCAUAAAAUACUAGUGAAUGUUUUAUUUGUAUCUGUCUAUUAUGUUACUUGUUUCCUUUUAUAAAAAGGCAGAAUAAAAAUGUUCAAAAUGUAAAAUAAAUAGCACACUCCUAAAUAUACC